AUGCCGAGGAUGUUCUCCGAGAUGCAGCGAGAUGAAGCGAGAUGUCUGGCUGUACUAGUUGACGCAGAAGCACAAGGAAAUUCCGAGGGCCAACUUUCGAGAGCCCAGGAUGGAAGUCUAAGUAAUCUGGUCACUCCGGCUGAGGGCGCUCAGACUCUUGUUGUCGAGACAGAGGUGGGCCAGCCAAUUGAUAGCGAUACCGAAGAUUCUAUGGAUGGGGAAGCACCAAGCCGUUCCGACCAUCAAGAUCCAGAAGACGAAGCAGUUCUCUCAAAGCAACCGAGGCUUCCUCCUGCUGGAAUUUCAGAGCUCGCCGUCAUUCUGGCAUUGGGUAUGGUGAAUGCAGACCAUGGGGGCGUCCAGGGAGACACGAGCCAUAUUUUGAGAGACGGGGUUGAAAAGACAAAAGCAUUCCCAAAGGAGUACCUCUCGGACCAUAUUCCAGCCUCGGAAGGCAAACCAUGGUCAUCAUCAAACGCCCUCGGGACCGAAGUGACUCACCAGAGCGAAAGCUAA